GUGUGUUUAGGAUCAGGAGAGAGUGUGAGAGUGUACAGGCUCUUUUUUAUAUAUUAGCGUUCCUGGUUGUGGUUGGUCAAAUAAGAGCCGUGAAAGUUUGUCACAAGCCAAUAAAGCAAACGCCAUGUGUGAGGCUGCUAUGAAGCACUUUGCAGGGGCACGGCUGAAACAUGGAGCACGGCGAAUACAGAACGAAAUGGCGGCGGUGGUGGCGGGGCCGAGCGGCGAGCAGCCUCGCUUGUCACGCAUUCGCUCUCAUACACAUUGGGAGGGUUGCCCGCGGGGGGGAGGGGGAAGGCGGCUCUCGUCUAAGCACCCCCGGCGGGACAGCUUGCAAAGCUUUACUGCACGACUUUACCCUCCUCCCCCGCUGCCGGUCAUGUGACCUUAACGUAACCGGACAGGAAAGCACCGACUGUUUUUUUUUUUUUUUUUUCUGGUGGACUCCCCUCCUCUCGGAGAGAAAGAAAGCUGCGACGGAGAAGGAGGAGACGGUGUUUUUCUCCUCACGGAGCACGGUUCGCGCUGCCACCGACACCUCUCCCGUAGUAUCCAGCUGACACGAGAUUGCGUUUAGUUAAGAUGGAUUUGGCCAACCACGGGCUUAUCCUUCUGCAGCAACUCAAUGCCCAAAGAGAGUUUGGCUUCCUGUGUGACUGCACAGUUGCCAUUGGUGAUGUCUACUUCAAAGCACACAAGUCUGUCCUUGCAUCAUUUUCCAAUUAUUUCAAGAUGCUCUUCGUCCAUCAGACAAGUGAAUGUGUCCGCUUGAAAUCAACAGACAUCCAACCAGACAUCUUCAGCUAUCUUUUACACCUGAUGUACACUGGCAAGAUGGCACCUCAGCUCAUCGACCCUGUCCGCCUGGAGCAAGGCAUAAAGUUUCUACAUGCAUUUCCUCUCAUCCAAGAGGCUAGCCUUGCAAGUCAUGGUGGGUUUUCUCACCCUGAUCAAGUUUUCCCACUUGCAUCUUCUCUAUAUGGCAUUCAGAUUGCAGAUCACCAAAUAAGGCCUCCAGCAAAAGUUGCUGCUGCUUCUGAAAAGGGGAGCCGUGAUACUCGGCCACAAACUUCUAGGUUAAGUCAAGAUACUGCAUCUGAAAAUGCUCAGAUAUCGCAGCUGUCAUCUGCAUUACCUGCCGCAAACCGGACAAAUCUCACAUUUUCUGAGCCUGUUAAUACGCCGUUGUCUCCUGAGCCAGCCUCUUCUGUACUCCCCACAGCUGCCUCUAUAGACGAAAACAGUAUGGAGGAAUCCCCGAGCGAGGACCAGAACACUUCUCUGACAAUAGCUCAUGUUAAGCCCAGUAUUAUGAAAAGAAAUGGAAGCUUCCCCAAAUACUACGCCUGUCAUCUUUGUGGGCGGCGCUUUAACCUGAGAAGCAGCCUACGGGAACAUCUUCAGAUCCAUACUGGAAUACCAUUCACUACCACAACUGGCCAAACAGAGACCAGCCUUUCUCCUACAUUCUGCAACAAUGGAGCUGAAAUUGGAAAAGAGUCAAUGGAUACAGCUGAGGGAGGUAUCAUUAGUGACAGUGACAUGCCACAGAUCUCGGACUCUCCAAACAUUGAUGGGCAGCAGCAGUCUGACACCCCACCUCCUACAGACAUAGCAGACAUAGAUAAUUUAGAGCAAACAGAUCAAGAAAGAGAAGUAAAGCGAAGAAAGUAUGAAUGUACCAUCUGCGGGCGUAAGUUUAUCCAGAAGAGCCAUUGGAGGGAACACAUGUACAUUCACACGGGCAAACCAUUCAAAUGCAGCACCUGUGACAAGAGUUUCUGUAGGGCAAACCAAGCUGCUCGACAUGUGUGUCUUAAGAGCUCGGAUACCUACACGGUAGUGGACAAGCAGACUCUUGAACUGUGCUCGUUUGAUGAAGGCAGUCAGAUGGACAACAUGCUAGUCCAGACAAAUAAACGUUACAAAUGCAACCUUUGUGACAAAAUAUUCUCUACACCCAAUGAGGUGGUCAAACAUACGUGCCAAGGCCAAAGUUCAGAUGUCUUUGCAUUGGAAGAGGAAGGGAAGUCCAUGUUGAGUGGUGGGGACUCAGAAGCUGCAGACAAUGAGAACUCUAUGAUAACUUCUAUUAAGAAAGAGCAAGAAACGGUGCUAGAUUAGUUUUGAUUGCUAUGAUUUUUUUUUUUCUUGCUAAGUACUCCCCCACCCUUAAAAUGUCUAGAAUUUUCCGUCCCUUUUACCAUUCUCUGCAACAUAGGUUUUGGAGUAGAGGGCAAAUCCCCAACUUUUCACGCAAAAUGGAGAGGAAAAAAUGCAAAACACCUGUCCUUGGUAAAACGUUUAUAAACUCCACAGUGUAUUGCAUAUUUUAUAUAAUUAUGAUUUUUUUAUUUGAUUUUUUUUUGUAAUAGAACUGGAAAGAUUGAAUGGCCUCUGUUUAUGUCCGUAGAACUACUGAGGUUUAAUAGAUUAAAACAAGUUAUUCGUAGAUGGGGAUUGUUGAAAUGUUUUUGUGUAUAAUGGGAAGCGAGUAUUCUCAGUGAGAUUAAAUUUAAUAAAUUUAAAUAAAUAUA